AAACAAAAGAAAAUCUUAAAAUAAAUAAAAAAGAAUCGCAAAUCGCAAAUGUCAGUCGUCAACGCUAUUGUUAUUGUUUUGUACUCGAAUUUAUAAUGAAAAACCAUAAAGAAAACCUAUUUUCGACGAAGUUUCGCUUACUGAAUUCGCAAGAUUUUUCAGAAGAGAUAAUCUGGUCAUCAAGUGACUCCAGCGAGUUCGAAGAUGUCGACAACAAAGCGAAUUUCAAUAACAUAACCAACAAGAAACUAAAUCGUAAAAGAAAACGCAAAUCAAAGGUUCCCAGCAACGUUUCCAACUUGGAUAUCACUAUAAUUGACGUGACUAAAGAAACUGAAGGUGAUAAAUCGCCAGUUUUAACUUGUAAAACUAAAUGUAAGCCGAUAGAAAAUGUUCUUGAUAAGACGUAUUUGAUACCAAAAUCAGCUGAAUAUAACAACAGUAAAGCUAAUCUGACGUCGCCUGUGCUGUGUACUGGUGCACAGAGAGCUAAUAUUAGCAUGAAGAGUCCUGUAAUAGCUCAGAAGUUUGCAUCGUCGGUUCACAGUCCUAAGGUGAGAAAAACAUUGUUUAGUAAAUGUAAGAAUGAUAAUAAAAUCCAAGCAGAGAAAAGAAGUAUCUCUCCUGUACUUAGUCACAAUUUUCCACGUGACCGAAGAAAAAUACCAGACGAUAACAAUAAAAUAGAAAUUGAAAAUACUCCAAUAAUAGAAACAAAGAAUUCUAUACAAUUAGAAGACAGGUUUUUUAGUAAUGGAAGCUCUAAAAGUAAUGGAGGCUUUAGUAAUGUAGAUUUAAUCAAAAAAGUGAAAUCAUACUUUGAUAAUCAAUUUAGCUCUGAAAAUUGUUCGCAAGUUUCAAUUGCCGAUACUCCUACACCACAGAAUACCUCAAAUGAUGAUGUACAGAUAAUAUCCAUAACUCAAAUGACUUCAACUGGAAGUAGCUUAAGAACAGUAAAACACACAAAUUCCACAGACAAUUCUGCAAUAGAAGUAGAAAAAUCAAAGAAAAUAAGAUAUAAAAAAGAUGGUCUUGCAUACAGACUAUGUUCACUUUUAAAAAAACACAGUGCUAACAUUUCUCUAUGGCAACAUGAAAGGUUCCUGGCUGAUAAUUCCAAUUUUAAAAUUCCCAAAGGUGAGCACUUGGUGUUACGAAUUCAAAAAGUCGAAUUUAAGUAUGGAAGCUAUCUACUGGACACUAUGGAUAUAAAUGAUGAGGCAUUUUUAAUCUUGAUUAACAAUAGUUAUGUAAAUAAUUGUGUUUUUAGUGUUGAUAGUAUAUUUAAGUUGUAUGAGCCUUAUCAAAUAUUUAAUUUUGGUGAAAAAAGGUUGAUUGUUAACGUUAGUAAAUUUGAAUGUAUAAUUGUAAGCCAAUUUAUAACUAAAUAAUUGUAAGCCAAGUACCUAUCCUUCUUCAGAGGGACUACUAUGAAUGCACAUCUAUGUACAGCACAGAUUUAAUAUAUACGCUAGAUGACGCAAAUGUCACGAUUUGUUUUGAAACCGUUGUGCCGACUUUUUCAUAAAAAAGUUACGCAUAAUAUAAUUUUAAAAUUACUUACCUGUGAUAGGAAAUAUGUCGUUGCCUUUGGGUGCUCGCAAUUUUUGGUCUGUUGCAGUUAAUUAUCACGCAACGAGGCAUUUUUUAAGUUUUCACGGACGUCCGGCUGCAACAACUGACGCGCGUGGACUGUCAAGACGACGGUCUACCUCGACACUUGGUCGGGGUUCAGACACGCAAAGUUCAGAUUCAUUUGUGUCAUCUGUGGUAUGGUAUAUUUAUAUCUGUGAUGCACAGUAUGCUCUGACCUUAACUGGAUGCAUGUAUGCUUAUUGUAAUGAUAAUUUCAAGUUUAUAGCUAUGUUACCUUACUUACUGUACCUACCUGAAAACCAAAGUUAUUAUACAAGGGUCCAUUUUGUUACUACAUUAUUGUUAUUAGCUUUCCUUGACUUGUAGAUAUUUAUGAAUGUAUUUGUAAUUAU